UUUCUACUGAUCUCUAUAUCUAUAUACUCGAAAAUAGCUCAUAGGUUCAAUCUACAUUCAAAUCCUAAUUGAAGGCACGGUCAACUCCUCUACUCGUUCAAAAAACAGUUUAUUUUGCAUUAAAGCUCAAACCCGCCGAAGAUACCGCAAUCCCACCCACCCUUCUCCCCAAGAACCAUGAAGAUCCCAUACGCACCAAACCCCCCUCAAACAUCCAACGACGAGGAAAAAGCCAUCCUCCAACGAGUCCUUGAUCGGCGAGGUGAAGCCGGCCUACUCCCUCUCGACCUUGCUCUUCUCCAUUCGUUCCCUGUCGCCGAUGGCUGGAACACCUUCCUCGGCGCGAUCCGAACCCGAACCUCGCUACCGGUCGACAUCCGCGAGAUAGCCAUCUGCCGAGUCGCAACGCUCAACGAAGCAUGGUUUGAAUGGAAGCAUCACGCGCCGUUCUUGGCGGAAGUGGGCUUUACCGAAGGGAUGAUGGAGAUGAUCAAGGACGCGAAGACGCCUACGGAUGCCGAGCUUGGGGCUUUGUUUAGUCGGAAACAAGCGGCGGUGUUUCGAUACACGGAGGCCAUGACAAGGACGGUGAAGGUGCCGGAUGCAAUUUUCGCGGAGAUGAAAGGCUUGUUCAGCGAGAAGGAGAUUGUGGAGAUCACAGCUACUGCUGCUGCGUACAAUUGCGUGAGCCGCGUCCUGGUUGCAUUGGAUGUCGGGGAGAUGAACAAAUGAAUAGUUAAAAAAGGCAGAAGAAGCGCCGUGGCUCAGACUGGUCGGCUGGCGGAGAGUGGACCAAUGACUUUUGUGGUUACACCCGUUUUUUUUGCAACAUUUUAUUUAUGCCCACAUAUACAUAUGUUCGAGGAUCGUGAAACCCCGUUGAUUGACCGUCGACAGAUCAUGUCAAUGGCUGGCAACACUGUUGGCAAUGUUUCCCGGUUGAAUAUGUAGAAGCCCGACAAGUAGUUAGCUGUCUGCCGACAAUAUUCUUUGAUACUCUGAGAGAGAUUUGGUGCGCAACCCCGGCUGGGCGCCACUUGGGAAAAACUGGUCGCAUCGUACGGUACACAUGUCCCAGCAUUUGCGACUACCGGAUGUCGCGUGGACUGCAGAUCGCGGGAAGGACAAUGACGCUGCCUAUCUCGAGUCUAGCGGAUUAAUUCGAUGAUCAGC